UUUUUUUUUUUUUUUUUCCCUUGCCUACAAUUAAAAAGCGUUCUUCACGGCAUUCAAUCUUAUUUUUUGUUUUUUUACUUUUUUUUUCUUUUUCUCGUUUUCUAUCGUUUUUGGUCGGCCUUGUUGUUUGAUCAAUUCUUUAAUCGUUCCUUCUUCUCUCACAUACUAUAGCUGUGCUUCGUCUAAUCGCUUUCCUUUCUCAUCAUGUUGACUAAAACCCUUUUCGCCGUCUCUUCCGCCCUUUUCGCUGUGUUCGCCACGGUCGACGCUGCCGUUGCUCCCACCUAUCCUUCUCCAGGCACCACUUGGGUCGCGGGAAAGGAAUACGAAAUCCUCUGGAACGAUGAUGGCAAGUCUCCUGCCUGGAAAAAGUUCAAGAUUGAUUUCAUGACUGGCGAUAACUUGAAUCAGAAAGUCUUGACGAACGUUGCAACUGAUCUCGAUCCUGCUGCCAAAUCCUUCAAGUGGAAGGCACCCGAAGUCGAACCCUACUCGGCAAUUUACUUCUUCAUGUUCACUGGCGAUUCGGGAGAAGCUUCGUGGACCACCCGUUUUGCUAUUACCGGUGCAGAUGGUCAGCAAGUCGAACCUCCCAAUAAGACUCAGCCCGAUGGUGAAGAUAUUCCUUGGGGUGUUGGCAGCUUGAAAUCCGGCAAUACCAACGCCACUAAUUCUGAUCCCGCAUCGUCACCUGCCCCCGCUUCUUCCUCUGUUCCAUCCACCGCUGCUCCCCUCACCGCUGCUACCGCUGCUUCUUCUUCUGCCGCCAGUUCCUCUGCUCCCGUUUCAUCGGCCGCCGAAAAGACUCCUGACGUUUCAUCCAACCAACCUGUGAAUCAGGCCAAGCAAGACGAUACUAGCGCCAAAUCUUCCCCUUCCAACUCGGCCACCACUGAUGCCGCUCACGAUUCCGCCGCCGGCUAUGUCAAGCCUGCUCUUGGCUUGGUCGCCGCCGCCGCUCUUACUAGUUUAAUUAUUUAAAAAAACAAACCCCAUUAUAUUUCCUACUUUAUAAUUGAGUAUCCGAAAAAAUUAUAUAUUUGUAUACAACGUGUAUUCUACUUAUUGACUGCUUUACUAAAUAGCAAUAUACGAUGUUUUUAAGGUACAGAACUUGGCCAAGACAGAAAAUUUCGAGGAGUCGUCCUUGGCGACGAGGAGUUGGUCGUCUUUUUUUUUUUCCACAUGGAGUCAAUUUUUCUGGAGAAGGGAGUCAAAAGCAGGGUCAAAAAAACUAUCGGUGUAUGCAUCACCGAAGACGUACAAACAUUAAUGUUGUGUAACGUAAAUAAAAC